AUGUCCAGUAUGUUUAGAAUACCAAGUUCUUUGCGUGUUUUUAGUGGGUCAAGUAAACAGAUCUUCACUUCAAGAGGUAAGAUGUUAUUUUUCGAUCAUGUAGCAUUUAAACGAUUGAAGUAUCACUUAUAAAUUUGCUUCUCAGUUUUGUGUGAAUAAUAUUUGCGUGUGGCUUGUGCAGUGCUUUGAAGCACUGCAACAUUAUUUUCUGCUCUUUUCAUUGUAAUCCUUUGAAGACUAUAAUCAUGGAUCAGGGAAACUUUUUAUUGUUCAUAUUUCUUGAUUUUAUGGUUAGCCGAAGUUAUAUGAAAGGCAGAACUUGGACAGUUUGCGUCAUUAUUUCCCAUGGUACAGAGCGUACAUGACAUACAUGUACUUCCGUUAACUUCAUCCAUAUAGUAGUGUUUACGAGAAUAAUUAUAUAGGGGAUCAGUUAGUCUCUCAUUUGUGAUUAACAGAUUUUAACACUGAAAACUUCUCUUGCUUUUGCCAUUUAUUAAUAACUUGUUAGUUACAAGUGAGGUUUGUUGGUUUGUACUUUGAACUGUGUUUUCAAAAUGCAAAUUUGAUCAUCGAUAUGACAUAACAAUCAGAUCCAGGUAACUUGCUUAGACAAUUUUUUUCUCUUUUAAGUUGUAUGGUUUUUCAUGCGGCACAUUCAUGAUUGCAUAUGUGUUUGUCAGUGUAGAAGUAUCUGAUGAGGCACUUUUGAGCUGGUUUUCUGAUAAAAUCAAAGACCACAUGGUAAUAUGUGACAAGAAACACAGUUCUCUGUAGUCUGAAGAGCACAUACCAUGGUGUUUUAAGCAUGAUAAAGGGUCUUCUGCCAAUUACCAUUGUAAAACCUGUGUAGAAUGUUGGUAGAAUGAGAGAAAAAAGUUGCUGCUGUGUGAAGUGUUUUUCAGCUUUUUGCAUUCUUCCAGCAUUCCAUACUGGUAAACAUACAUACAGUAGUUCCUUUUACAAAUCAAUAAAUCUUAUUUGAAUGCAACAUUUAUCUAAUAGAUGAUAGCUUUUUUACUAAUAAACUCUCAUAUCUUUGUUUGAUAUCAUUUUUAUAAGAGGAAGCCUUACAACCUACUUAAGAUAUUUUCAUGUCUCAUCACAAAAUGAAAUGGCAUCUUUGCAACUAGCCACCCCUAUGUACCGACCAAAAAAUGUUGUUCUGACUACAGGCCCACACAAUUAGCUUAGUUUACUACUUCCUAGUAAUAACUAAAGGUUAGGAAUUAUGAGUGACGUUGAUGGAAAUGCUCUUGAUCCAUCCAAUUUUUCCAAGCAUUUUAUUAUAAUUUUCUUAUUACGGUAUUGUUUCAGAACAGUCCCUUAAGGGAGAAAGGUUAAUAACAUUUGAUUCUUUCCAAGAGCUAUAUCUGCCGUAAAUUUAAAAAAUAAUAAUAAAAUAAAAUGUGGUAGUGGCAUUUUUUCCUAACCUACUUGGAGACAAGCAGUCUUAGAAUUGACAAACAAAGCAACAGUAUACCUUCCCCCCCCCCCGACUCUUCUUGGAGCGCCUCAAGAGACAGGCUCACAAUGUUUUUAACUGGCUGUAGCAGUACACAUUACAUGUACACAUCGUAGAUUGAUAGUCUGAGAAAUAAAUGUCUUUGUUUUUCCUUUUCUUUUUGUGUCUUUCCAGAAUGUGUAAACUUUUGUAGAUUUUCUUCUGCAAGGAGACUCCACAUUCUUGGAUCAAGAGAGUUGAUAAAACCCUCUGCUCAUAAAACAUUGGGAGUUUUCAAUCAUAGCCAAGAAAAAAGUUGUAGAAGCAUUUCAUCCUCUAGUGAUGGGGAUAAAGACAAAAACGGCAAGGGAACUGGAAACCAGUGGAGCUGCCCAAAGUGUGGGAAUCCAUGUACUACAGUAGAACGUAUGUAUAUUUGACCCCAACCCAUAAAAUUAAUAAUUGCUUGAGGUUCUUAAGCCAUGGAAAAUCUGGUUGAAAGGUGUUCAAUGGAAUGGUACAUUUAAAUAUGGUCUGAUUGGAACAAUUUGGUAUAUUGAAAGUACCUUUGUCAUAAUGUGGGUGGAGGAGGGAGGGGGGCAUAUUAAAUGCUUAAUUUGGUCUUCUUUUUACUUCUUCUCCAAAGUUGCUUGAAUUAUUGCAGAACAUUGUCCAGAACUUUAUAUUCAAAUUUAGUCUUGCAUUUGUAAAGUAAAGGAAAGAGAAUGCCUAUCUCUGGGUUUGGAAGGAACAAAAAUGAAUAGACAUUCCUUUGUUUAUUUUGUUUUUGUAUUCUUUUUUGUUAAUUUUGUCUUUUUUUGUUAUAUUUUUCAGCUACCACUCGUUUUGUGCAAUGUGAUAAGUGUCAUCACUUUUUCUUAAUCUUAUCGGAAUCAGAUACAGCUAAGCGGUACAUUCAUGUUAAAUAUGAUAAAGCCUCAGGCAGUGAAGCAGACAAACAGAACAAAGCACUACAAAGUCCUCCACCACCUCCCAGAAAGGUAUGGGAGUACAUGUACAUGUAGCAUAUUGCUGCAUAAUGUAUUUAUGACACAUGAUUGAUACAUGUUUAUUCAGUAGCCAUGAAUCUCUCUGAAACCUUGGCCUUCAAAAACACAUUUAACAUAUCAUUUAAAUGGCAGACAAUAAGGACAAAGAAUCAUUCUCUUUUAAAUAGCAAAACUGACUGCUGCACUGGGCAGAAGCCCAACAUAAUGCAAGCAUCAGUCCCUGCUUAUUUACAUGUACAUAGAUCUGAAAGAUAUAAAUGUGUUUAUACUGCAGAAGCAGUCAAACAAGAAAAAUGCUUAUAACAGACUCUGAAGUACAGAUCUAUGAUUGGUAGUCUAGUAAAGUUAUGAUCAUGCCUGCUGCCGGUCAGAAAAAAAAAACCUUAACUGAGGAGGAAACCUGAACUGGCUCCUAAAAGCAGAGCCAGACACUUAACAUGAACCUUAUGGGAGAGAGGUUGAACUAAAAUAACAAACUAUAAAGACGUUACAGGUCAAGUUUGAUUUCAGGUUAAAUUUGAUUUAACGUAGGUUGAUUCUCAAUUUCCUUUGUUUCCUAGCCCUAAGAGACAAAGGAAAUUGAGAAUCAACCUAGGUUAAAACAAUUUAACCUGAAAUCAAAUUUGACCUGUAACAAAUACAUGGAGUACAAGCUGCAAUUGAUUUAAAAUACACGAAAAGAGACAAGGGUAAAAUCAAAUCAAGCCAGCAGCGAUGUCAGCUUUAAUCGAAUGAGUCACCUUAGUAAAAUCCCGCCCUUUUAUACCCACUUCUCCAUGACAGCUAGACCUUUCCUGUAUUCCUGUAAACAAAGGUGCCAAAUCAAGACUCGGUUGGACAAAAGACAUUGAUUUGUAUGGAAUUGUCCACCGAAAUCUCCUAGCAAUGACCUCCAACCGAACCAGGCACCCAUAACUCUAACUUGCCAACCUGACAGUCUGUUAAUUUUUUCAUCAUCAAUGAUUUGAAUUAAGUAUUGAUGAUGUUGUCGUUGUUUGAAUAAUUAUUAUAGGAGCAUUGAAAUGACUAGAACAUGAUAAAAUUAUUUUCCUGCAGAUAUAUGAAUACCUAAACAAGUAUGUGAUAGGUCAAGCACAUGCCAAGAAGGUGUUGUCAGUUGCUGUUUAUAAUCAUUACAAGAGACUAUCAGUUAACUUGCCACAAUCCCAGCAAGCCUCAACACCUGCUGAAGUCAAACCAGUUCCUGUACAAAGACAGUACGCUGGAUCACCACAAGGUACUCACUGCUUCAAUGAGCACAGUUUUCCAUUAUUUCAUACUUGCAUGAUACAUGUGUAUACUUGUUUAAUGUGCCAUGUCUUUAAUCAAACUGUUUGGUAGUUUUUUGUUUGUUUUGCAAAAGUUUAAACAGGUCAGCAGUGUCCUUCUUGACCACGGUUUCCUUUGAGAACAAAUAGAUUUGCAUAUUGUAUGCAUGGAAUUUAGUUUUCUUCCAGGUCAACUGAUCAAAUUUAUAACAUGCAAUAAUUUGUUUUCAUUAUUAAAACAUAAAACGCUUUUGAUCCAUGGCAUUUUAUUCAAUGGAAAUGGAAUCACUUUGAAGGCUUUUGGUUAUAUUCCAUAUUGCUUAUUUUGUUUUGUUUUGUUUUAGACAAAUGCCUUAGCUUGGUGUACAUGUACAUGUAUUAAUUUAUCUUAACUUAAACUGGUGAAUGCUUUUCCCUUUUUAAAAGAAUUACAGAUGCUCAUGACACAAACAUCCAAUCUCAAUUCUCCAUUGGGAGCUAGUGGUGUUCACUCACCUGCACAACUACGUGAACAAGCUGGGAGUGACAUACUAGACUCAGAUGUAGAAAAGAUUCAACUGGACAAGAGUAACAUCCUUCUGUUAGGGCCAACUGGCUCAGGUAAAGAACAAAACAUUUUAGGGAUGAAAAAAGAAAAAAAGACAAAUUUUAAGCUCUGUAGUAUUUUAGAAAGGACUGUAGUACCUGUUCUGUAGUCAACCUGACUAGCUAAAUAUCUUUAGACUCCUUCAUAGGAUUUAAACCUAAGUGUAUUGAGAAGUGAAUAAAAUGUGACAAACACUUCACCUAAACUGCAUGGCAAAUUAAUUUCAGUCAUUUGUUUGUUUACUGUAGCUACUUCAAAGCUUGACAAUGCAAUUCGAUCUUGUGUGUGGUAACUUGUAAUUUCAUUUCAAUUAUUAUUUUGUUAUUGCAGUAGCCAUUUGUGGGGGGUAAAAAAGUCAGGUUCUUUCUUUUUCACAUAUACAUUUUGCGACCACUUUCUAAAACUGUUUUUUUUUUCCUCAGGUAAAACACUAUUAGCACAAACAAUAGCUCGCUGCCUUGAUGUGCCAUUUACGAUAUGUGAUUGCACUGCCUUGACACAAGCUGGAUAUGUGGGUGAAGACAUUGAAUCUGUGAUUGCCAAGCUCCUACAGGUUGGUUUAACCAAUUGUUAUAAAAGGAAAGUCUUAAAAUUAUAUCAUACCUGUAGUUCCGCUAAAGCAGGGUCAAAAUUAGUCACAAUAAACACGAUCAUUUCUCUGGUUUUGGAUUACUACUGUGUACUUUGAAGAAUAGCUUGUUCACACACCCUCUUUUUUCUCUUCAAAGUUCGUCUAGCGCGCCUGAUAAAAAAUCAAAAACCGCAGGAGAUUUAUUGACCGCCAGUGCAAGGGGGUAGGGGUGGGGGAACUGUGUACAGACUACUUGAAAAAGUGUUGGAAUUUCUUUUCAUGAUAUUAAGUCACUUCGUUCCAGUUGUAAUUUCAAUUCUUUUGUUAUUUUGCUUUCCUACCUACAAUUAACAGGAAGCUGGAAACAAUGUUGAAAGAGCACAGCAAGGUAAACUUUUGAUUUUUGCCUCCAACUGAUUAUUAUUAUUAUAUUUUAAAAAAAAGCUCUGUCGGCUCCAUAGAAAAUAAUUCUGACUUCACGUUGUGUUGCUUUCUCAGGGAUUGUAUUCUUGGAUGAAGUUGACAAGAUCAGUUGUGUUCCUGGAGUGCAUAACUUAAGAGAUGUUGGCGGAGAGGGAGUACAGCAGGUAAAACGUUCAGCAAAUUCUAAUCUCCAAGCUUUUCCCUAAUCUCCUUCAAGAUCAACCAUACCUGUUGCGUGUACUAAAAACUUGGAACACGAAACAUCCCGCAACACUCUAGAACACGUCACGUUAGGGGUAGGGUUACUAUUUGUCUUUUUCCUUUUACCCGUUGUCAGGUUUGCAGCAUGAGUGUACCAGAGUGUUGAAGUGUGUUCUGGUGUUCAAGGUCUUAGUACAUGCUGCCUGCUUUGAGAAAGAUGUCUAUCACUAACACACUUACCUAAUACAAUUGGGGAAGAGGAAAGGGGUAGGGGGGCCCGGGAGAAUAGGGGCGGAGGGGUACGGGAGGCGGAAGAUCAGAAGAAAGAACUGGAGGUGAGAUUUAAAAAAAUGCGGUAGGCGGAAGAAAUAGGGGGAAAUUAAACGACUGUGCUUACAAAAAUUAUCUAAAAAGGGCUUAAGGGAGGAAGCCAGGAAAAAAAAGGGGUCUGGAGGUUUAGACCCUCUGUGCCCCAGUAUAGCUCAUAGCUUUCGAAACAAAGGCAGUCAGUGGAGUUCUUAAUUUAGUCAAAAAUACCUAUUCUUAGCGAAUUAAAAUUACGUAAAACAGCAAUUGUUUAAAGAGAGACUUGCUCGUCAGUUAUUUUACAUGGUGCUUCAAUUAUAAUUUCAUUACUAUUAAGUGCUUAUGAAUUAUGCUAAUUUUUUGGUGGUUUAAGAAAAUUAUUUUGAAGUUCCUUGUUCCAUUUGGUCAAUACAUUUGCUUUACUUGGAUUCUCUUCUUGUGGUUGGCCUCGUUUCACCUAGCUUUCAAUUCAACUCUUUUAAUGUCUUACUUCAAUACGUGUUAAAAUUACGUAUAUUAUGACUGAUGAAAUAUCUUCUUAUCUCAGGGUUUGUUGAAGAUUCUUGAAGGUACAGUGGUGAAUGUGCCGGAGCGAAAUUCACGUAAGGUGCGAGGUGAAAGCGUGGCUGUGGAUACUAAAAACAUUUUGUUUGUGGCAUCUGGAGCCUUUAAUGGACUGGACAAAAUUAUUAAGAGAAGAAAUCAGGAGAAGGUACGGUUACAGAAAUUCAUUAAAGCAACGUUGAAGUUACAAUCUUCAUACGCAGCAAAAAUGCGAGUCUAUCAUCACUAUUUGGGUGGCAGUUUUUUGACCAGCCCCACACUGUACGUAGCUGCUAUGAGAGAGAUACACAUGUAUAGAGUCACGGUUACGUACGGCAAACAGCAAAUGGCAGAUUCAAGUUAAGAGUUUCUCAAAAUAGAAAAUAAGUAGAUAAAAACAGUUUUUAAAACAGUUCUUAUGGGUGGAAACUCGAACUCUGAAGAGAAACGAAAAAUAGUUUGAGUUAGCGGGGGAAUUAGAGUUAUUGGGGUAAAUUUAAGUGAAAUUUUGAUCAAGGGAAAGGAAAUUUAGUUCGAGUUAGCGGGGAAUUCGAGUUGUCCGAGUUCGAGGUAUCGAGGUUCUACUGCAAUUUGAAAGUUAUAAUUUUUUUGUGGAAGUAAAGAACAGUUUAAGACGAAUAAAGGGAAAACUUGGUCACGUGGUACAAAUUCACUUUUGCCGUUUGGCGCAAACGUGAGUCUAAAUGUCAUUUACAAUGUACUCCCAAUACAAACUGGAGUAAGGUUGUAUGGGACAAACGUUGUUGAUUGAACUGAUCCUUGGACACGUAUUUCCAAAAGGUAUCGCUGCACAUUUUGCAGAAGUGAAUGAAAUCAUCACCAACUUGUUAAAGGAAAGCCCGCGAACAGCAUUAGUCAAACAUACUCCUUUAUUUAUGAUUGAUACUAGCUUAGUAAAUUACAUGAGUAUUCUGAUGCUUUUGGAAUUCUUCCGUUUUUAACAAAAAGACCUAGAAGAGUGGUAAAGACCGGAUACAUGUAGACUUGAAGACUCCUUUUCUCUUUCCAAUAUAAUUCAUUAAACUCGAGGAAUGUCUUUCUACAGUAUUUUUUUCGUCAUAUCGUCCUUUACUCACUAGUCUUUCUUCAAUCCAGGUGAUUGGUUUUGGAGCUCCAAUAAGUGACCGUGGCUCGAAAGAGAAAGAGCUAGACAUCUUCAAAAAUUCCCAGCCGGACGUUCGCGAAGACAAUGCUGAGCGGGACAAGCUGCUUAGCCAGGUAGAAGCGCGGGAUCUUGUCGAGUUCGGGAUGAUACCCGAGUUCGUGGGUCGUCUUCCGGUGGUGGUAAGCUUACACUCCUUGGAUGAAGGUUCUCUGGUUAAGAUUCUUACCGAGCCUCGAAAUGCCUUGGUGCCGCAAUAUCAAGCACUGUUCAGCAUGGACAAGGUGAGUGAUCUCCAUACGUAACCUCUCUGUUGCGAACUGUCGACCUGGUUCCAAACUUCAUACAGUUUUGCUAUUUAACUGGGCCGACUGAACUUUCGCAAAGACUUCUGGGUCGAUUACUGGGGACAAGGAGAACAAUUGCCCAACAGCUGACUGGUGUGACAGUGAUAUGGGCAUCCCCAUUCCCAAAACCCUAGUGAUAUGUGCAUCCCCUUCUCAUAUCACCUUAGCGAUUUGGGUUAGGGUUAGGGUUAGAGUUACAGGGGAUGCCCAUAUCGCUAGGAUUUUGGGAAUGGGGAUGCUCAAGACGUGGGGAUACCCAUGUCACUGUGACACCGGCGCGUCCCCAGUGACGAUCGCAGGAGUAUUUGCGAAAGUUCUCUCAACCCAAUUUCCUUAUAGAUCCCAAAUUUAAUGACAUACAGUUCUUUUAAUACGUACACAUCUCUGUUGUGGACAGUUUUAUGAGUUCCAGAGAUACAAAACUUCAUACAGUUGUCACUGCCUCUAUAGUAUGGACAUAUCUCUAUCAUAGACAGUUUUCUGGGUCCUAUAGAGACACCAAACUUCGUACAGUUCCUCCUUCUCUAAUACUCUUGUCCCAAGAAAUGCCAAACUUCGUACAAUGGCUAACUCUACAAUACAUGUACGAACACAACUCUGUAAGGCAGGCACUUGGCUCUGUCCCUUUGCUGUCCGCAAUAAGGUUUUGUCUAUAAACAUAAAACAUUAUAAAAGCAACAGUGCUCGCAUUGGCUAGCAACACCUUUUCUAAUCUAAUGUAAUGAUGAUGAUGAUGAUGAUUAUGACUGUACUUCUGUACUCCUCGUAUGACAAAACUACAUUUCGUUUGUUUCAUUUUCUCGUAAAUUGUGCAUCAUAAAUAUAUUGUCCUGUGAUCAUAAUUAUAAUAAUUAUAUGGACCCUAUAAUCAAAUAUUUCUUUGUCUUUGUUUGUUAGGUUGAGCUGAAUCUCAGUCCUGAUGCCUUAAAGUUGAUUGCCAAGAAAGCUUUGGAAAAGAAGACUGGUGCUCGCGGCUUGAGAGCGAUACUGGUACGCACAAAAACGAUCAAUAGUUAUCAGUACAACAAAUAAUUUAACUUUUUGUUUAAUACAAGGUGUUUCAAAAGUUCGUUCCGAUUGUAAAUUGUAUUUUGCGCAAAGCAUUUAAUGCUUCCUUAGGCAAAUGUAAACUGAUUCAGGUAGGAGAUUUAUCUAAAUAACCGUUCAAAGCAAUUUCAAAGUAAAAUUUGAAGAAAUUAUGAAAUUUUGUAAAUUUUUUCCCCAAAUGUGCACGUACGUGAAUUUUUUUCCCGCCAUAUUUUUCCUGCCCAUUUUGUAGGUUUUCUGUUUUCGUUUUUUUGGCGUUUUCUUUUGUUUUCUCUACUCUUUCACGAAAAUGAAGGCGUACACUGUUUGUGCUAGAGCUCAGGCAUCUAUUUUUACGGUACUCUGUCCAUUUAGUCAAAGAAAUUGUCAAAUUGUUGAAGAAGUCUGAACGACGAGAGAACAAGUGGUCAAAAGUAAAGACCUUACAAGACAAACCAAGGAGUAGAUGGCCGGGUUUUUUUACAAACUGUGUGAAAAAUGUUAUCGAAAAAGCUUUAAGCAUAUGCGUAAUAAUUCAACAAGACUGAAAGGUAAAAAGAAAACUUCAACUUCACAAUAUCAAAGUUUCGAGCACAACGGUAUGGGGAUAUGUGACCAACAAAGAUUGGAAAGCCUUGAAGAGAAAAAAGGCGGUGCACACUUCAUGCAGGCAUGGCAUCAGAAGAAUUUGCAAACUUUAUACCAAAGGACGACCGGCCGGCAAACUCACGUGAUGCGAACUCUCUAGUAACCAUCUGGAUUAUCGUUGAUGAGACAACAUACAAAGAUUCAGCCCCCAUAACACUGGACUAGCUAAGACAGCGACCACACUUCACCUGGAAAAUUUUGAAUUUAGACACGUUAUGGGAGCUCGUACAUUCUAUACCUCACCGCCCAGAAAAUGUCAGAAAUCAUAAAGGAAGACAUUCUGGCUGCUAAUAUUUCAGUUAGUCAAUGUUAAAUGAAUAAUGAAUGACAUGCUUAGGUUUACAAAAGUUAUCUUUAAUAAUCAUUGAAAUUUAAGCGAAGAAAAAAAUCGGAACGAACUUUUGAAACACCCUGUAGAAGUGUCAGAUGUUAUUCGUGUUAAUUUUCCAAACGUUUGGCAUCUACAAUCGGCAACAAAAUUAGUUGACACGCUUUGCCCUAAAUGGCCUCUCUGACCAACUUAAAAAAGAGGAAAAUACAGCUUUUCCUCUCCCACCCACUCCAUUCAUAUUGUGCCGCUCAGUGUUCGAGCUACCUGUAGAAAGCAAAAAAGUUCCCCAACUUUGAAUUCAGCGGAGGGGGAGAUGUGUGAAUUGUUUUGUUUUCCGAAGUUUUCUCCAUUUGAGGCAAAGUCUCAACAAUUUUGUCGCCGAUUGCAGCCCUAUAUCUAUGGGAUACAGCAACUGCGGCAUCGGGUAUCGAAUUCGAAAUAACGCGGGUAGCAUUGCUAGAUUGGCAAGUCCCAAAUUCAAGAAUGAAAUACAUCUCCUGCUGUUAUUGCCGUAAAGCUGACGCUAUGCAUCUAAACGUCAUCGAUGGUGUGUAGUCAAUUGUUAUGUCCACAAAGGUGAAUGAGAAAACCGAAGCUCUUUAACGAACUUCAACUAAGAACCUUAUAAUUACAUUUUCAAAAAUCCAUCUCGAACUCGCAUGUCUCUUUCUUUCUUACUCAUUCGGAACUGAAACGAUUAAUACUUUCAUACACUCCCGUAGUUCCCUUGAAAACCAUACCCGAUUCCAGACCAAAAUGGGCAAAGUGUAUACCCGUUUCAGACCAAAAAGGCCCCCAAACCCUAACCGUUGGGGCGGCACAUACCUAUAUGCCUUUUAUAAGAGAGUACCCCCCUGGGAUUUACGUAAGCCUCCUGGAUAAAACUUGCGGAGAUUCCAACAGGAAUCUAGCCUUUGACCUUUCGAUUACUGGCUGCCAGCCUGGAGUUUGGGAGGCUACAGGUACAAUUUCCGCAGUGGACGGUAGAAUUGUCUGUCAGUCUUUGCCUCACGUUCGUGACUUCAGUGACUUCAAGUGACUUUGUGACUUCAGUGAACGUUCUCACCAUCGUUCUUUUGUGACGUCGUUUUCUCCCCCAUGUUACAGAUGUGCAGGAAACUGAGCAAACUUUGGCCGUUUUUUGUCCGGCCCAUACGCUAUGUUAUUGUAUUUGAGGCUUGACUUUCUUUUCUCUCUUUUGACAUUAUUUCUGCUUAUUUUAGGAAAACUUACUACUUGAACCCAUGUUCGAUGCUCCGGGCUCUAACAUCCGGGCGGUUUUCGUAGAUGAACACGUGGUAGAAGGGAACAAAAAGGCUGAAUACGCAAUGGCCCCAGAAGAAGAUGUUCCAGCGGAUGGAACUGAAGGAUUUAACGAAGAAGAAGAAAGAUAUGCUGGAGACGCUUCUUCAAGAGUUUAAAAACAACAACGACAAACAAACAAAUGUGUAGAUUAAUAGAAACUAUUAUCGGAACCUUUUGUUGCAGCGUUUGUUUUUUUGUCUCUUUUUUUAAUUCCACUGGCAAAUUGCUUGUGACAUGUAAAGAAAAUAUUUGAACCUGAGGUGAUUUUCUGUUACAGAGAGCACAAAUAAUAGGUUUGGUCUCAAAAGAGAUAAACCUACACCUCAAAAGUGACAGUUUUAUUCUGGCUGUCUCAGGCUGUUGCAUCUGACUGUGUAUUACUGAUUUUACCUCAUGUUUAAGACUGUCAUCUAAAUUCUUAGCUUAUUCUUAGCACCAGCGUAUUUGUUUUUUCUUAUUAACAUUUUGGUUAUACUCAUAUAUCUAUGUAUAAAGACAUAAAUUACAUCGCUUAUUAAUGUACCAUAUACCACGCGUUAAAAUGUCCUUGAAUUAAUAAAUGUUUCACUGCUAACGAUGGUGCACUAGCUAGUUCCAGUUUGUUCUUUGGGUGUCUCAAACUGAAGUACCGGAAACAAGUGGAACCGAACAAAAUAAGGACCUUUAGAUUUGACUUCAAAUUGGCUCUUUGCAUGACUUGAUCACGUGACUAACUUUCCGUAAACACAAAGACAGCUCACUUUUGAAGAAAAACAACUUUUGCCACGCAGUAACGCUUGCAUGGUUUUCCAUACCAAUCCUUAUAAAUUCUAAAAUUUUUAAACGGUCAUUAAAUCUUUCCUUUACGCAUUUAAAUUGCCUUUAUGAAUUAAAGGACAUUUGAGCCCUGUAAUGCUUAAGGAAAUAUUUUAUGACGCAAGCGUGACUGGAUGGCAAAAGUUGUUUUUCUCAUACAAGUGCUUCCAACUUUCGGCGGCCGUUGCAAUCGCUACUUUUGAGAUGUACGGCUGAAAAUGCUCAGGUUAGCUAAUUUUAAGAUGCUCUUUCACCUUGUGCUAACAAAAUGUUUCAAAAGUGAGCUGUUUUCGUGUUUACCGAAAGUUGGUCACGUGACCAAGUCAUGCAAAGAGCGUAUUAGAGCUGUACGAGUGGAAGUAUCAUCCCAGUUCGUGUGGUUAUAAGAGAGCCUAAGCAAAGGCUAAGCCUAAGCGACGCCGUUAACGGAAGAGAGAUUUACUUCAGGCAUCCCUUCAAGUCGCACACUUUCGGGAGUAUGCGACUCGAAGGGGUGUCUGAAAUUCAGGUUCCUUACAGAGACGAUUUUCUCGAAAAUUUGGGCAAGACCACUGUCAAAGAAUGCAAGAAAUCCACUUCCGGUCAAUGUACGUUGCUCAAAUCGUAUCAAUUAGGGAACUUUUG